GCACGAGUUGUGGCCCCGGGGGCCGUAGUCCAUGCAGAGCGCUGGAGACGCCGCUCCGCAUGUGCCGGGGAACCUGGGGACGCCAGUCUUGGGGGCGGAGGCCGCGCUGCGGAGCCACCCACGCCGCGCUCCAGGAACAGAGUCCACAGGAUGGGUGUUAGGACAUGCUGAGCUCCCCUGAAAUAGGCUGCUGGCACCCUGGUUAUGGAGGACUGCAACAUGCACUCGGCUGCCAGCAUUCUGGCCUCAGUGAAGGAACAGGAGGCCCGUUUCGAGAGGCUGACACGGGCAUUGGAGCAAGAACGGCGUCACGUUGCCCUGCAGCUGGAGCGUGCUCAGCAGCCUGGCAUAAGCAGUGGUGGUAUGGUGGGCAGUGGGCAGCCCCUGCCAAUGGCCUGGCAACAGCUGGUUCUGCAGGAACAGAGCCCGGGUAGCCAGGCAUCGCUGGCCACAAUGCCCGAGGCACCUGAGGUGUUGGAGGAGACAGUGACAGUGGAGGAAGACCCUGGCACACCCACCUCUCAUGUGUCCAUUGUCACAUCAGAAGAUGGCACAACCCGGCGCACAGAGACUAAGGUCACCAAGACGGUCAAGACUGUGACCACAAGGACAGUACGCCAGGUGCCUUUGGGCCCAGAUGGACUCCCCUUGCUGGAUGGUGGGCCCCCACUUGGCUCUUUUGCUGAUGGGCCCCUGGACCGGCAUUUCCUUCUACGUGGUGGUGGCCCAGCAGCCACACUUUCCCGAGCCUACCUCAGCAGUGGAGGUGGCUUUCCUGAUGGCCCUGAGCCCCGUGAUAUUCCAAGCUAUGGCAGCCUGUCCCGAGGGCUUGGGGUUCGGCCCCCACGUACUGGGCUCCUGGGUCCAGGGCCUGGUGAUGGCUGCUUUACAUUGCCUGGCCGCCGAGAAGCCUUCCCCAUGGGCUCUGAGCCUGGACCACCAAGUGGCCGUUCCUUGCCUGAGCACUUCCAAGCUGAGCCGUAUGGCCUUGAGGAUGAUACACGGAGCCUUGCUGCCGAUGAUGAGGGUGGCCCUGACCUGGAGCCUGACUAUGGCACAGCAGCUCGGAGGAGACCUGAGUAUGGGCGGGGCCUCCGUGCCAGGGCCUUUGAAGAUGCAGCAGAUGAUGCUGGUGAGCUGAUAGACGAGCGACCUCCAUUCCCAGCAGCAACAGCUCCUCUGGCCCAGCCUGAGAGGGGCAGCCUAGGCAGCUUGGACCGAGUAGUGCGUCGCUCACCUUCAGUGGAUAGCGCCCGAAAAGAGCCACGCUGGCGGGACCCUGAGCUGCCAGAGGUGCUGGCUAUGCUGCGGCACCCUGUGGACCCUGUGAAAGCCAAUGCAGCAGCCUACCUACAGCAUCUCUGCUUUGAGAAUGAGGGCAUCAAGCGGCGCGUACGGCAGCUGCGAGGGCUGCCCUUGCUUGUGGCUUUAUUAGAUCACCCUCGGGCGGAGGUGCGGCGCCGUGCCUGUGGGGCACUGCGCAACCUCUCCUAUGGCCGUGAUGCUGACAACAAGGCUGCUAUCCGGGACUGCGGGGGUGUGCCAGCCCUGGUGCGCCUGCUGCGGGCUGCCCGUGACAAUGAGGUCCGUGAGCUGGUCACUGGCACACUCUGGAACCUGUCAUCGUAUGAGCCCCUAAAGAUGGUCAUCAUUGACCAUGGCUUACAGACGCUAACCCAUGAGGUCAUCGUACCCCACUCAGGCUGGGAGCGAGAGCCCAACGAAGACUCAAAGCCCCGGGAUGCCGAGUGGACAACGGUCUUCAAGAAUACAUCAGGCUGCCUGAGGAAUGUGAGCUCAGAUGGUGCAGAGGCCCGGCGGCGACUCCGUGAGUGCGAAGGGCUGGUGGACGCCCUCCUACAUGCCCUGCAGUCAGCUGUGGGCAGGAAGGACACAGACAAUAAGUCAGUAGAGAACUGCGUAUGCAUCAUGCGGAAUCUGUCCUACCACGUGCACAAGGAGGUUCCGGGGGCUGACAGAUACCAGGAGGCUGAGCCUGGGGUCCAGGGCAGUGCUACAGCCUCCCAGCGUCGGAGGAAGGAUGACGCCAGCUGCUUUGGUGGCAAGAAGACCAAAGAGGAGUGGUUCCACCAAGGUAAGAAGGAUGGAGAGAUGGACCGGAACUUUGACACAUUGGACCUGCCCAAACGAACUGAGACUGCCAAAGGCUUUGAGCUGCUGUACCAGCCCGAGGUGGUACGUCUCUACCUCUCACUCCUUACGGAGAGCCGGAACUUCAACACUCUGGAAGCCGCAGCUGGUGCCCUGCAAAACCUCAGUGCUGGCAACUGGACGUGGGCCACGUACAUCCGCGCCACAGUGCGCAAGGAGCGUGGGCUGCCCGUGCUAGUGGAGCUGCUACAGUCAGAAACUGACAAGGUGGUGCGAGCUGUUGCCAUCGCGCUGCGCAACCUUUCACUAGACCAGCGUAACAAAGACCUCAUUGGGAGCUAUGCCAUGACAGAGCUGGUGCGGAAUGUUCGCAAUGCACAGGCACCUGCCCAUCCUAGUGCCCACCUGGAGGAGGAUACCGUGGUAGCUGUGCUUAACACCAUCCAUGAGAUUGUGUCCAACAGCCUGGACAAUGCUCGCUCCCUCCUGCAGGCCCGUGGUGUGCCUGCACUGGUGGCACUCGUGGCCUCCAGCCACUCUGUGCGGGAGGCCAAGGCAGCAUCGCACGUGCUGCAGACAGUGUGGAGCUACAAGGAGCUUCGUGGAGCCCUUCAGAGAGACGGCUGGACCAAGGCACGCUUCCAGUCUGCUGGCACUGCCAAAGGACCCAAAGGAAUGCCAAGUCCUGGGGGCUUUGAUGACAGCACACUGCCACUGGUAGACAAGAACCUUGAUGGGGAGAAGUCAGCCACCCGAGAUGUGAUCCCCAUGGAUACACUUGGUCCAGAUGGGUAUGCCACAGUUGACCGGAGGGAGCGGAGGACACUGGGCAACGACUCCAUAGGGGAGACCUCUGAGAAGGAGCUGUUGAAAGGCCCCAGCCCAGCUGUUUGUUCGGAAAGGCCAUCUUGAGCAGAACCCGGAGCUCCACCCUUAUGUGGUGGGUUGGCCAAGCCUCUUGUCCCAAGCAAGGGCCUGACUUUAUGGAUAUCCCUCCUCUCCUCCACUCUCCUGACCUGACUCUCCAGGCCUGAGUUAGCUGUUUACUGACAUGGUGCUGUAUAGUGGGAGAGAAGGGGUGGAGUGUCCCCAUUCACAGUGCCAGAACAAAUAGAACCUGGAGUGGAGGUCCUAGAACAGGCAGUGGGACAAGUGGGGGGCCUUGGAAAAGAACUUGUGCUCCCAAGGGUGGCUGUAGUACUACCCUGCAUGCAGGCUGAUCACAGAGAGGGCCUUUCCAAGAGUGUCCAGGAAGGGAAGUUUAGGAAGCAGACAGCUUGGGGAACAAGCUGUGCUUGCCCCCAGCCCCACUGUCCUUGGAUUCCUGGGACACCUUCCCUCUGCAGUGUCCUCCUAAACUGCCUGUGGCCAGGGCCACCCUGCUGUUGCAUCUGCAUCUGCCCAGAACCUCAAGUAACCUCACGGCCUGAAUGAGGGCAGCAGCAACAGAAGGGGAAUUGCUCUUCAGUGCCUGCUGUUCGUGACUUAAAAAUGAAGAAAACUGACAGAAAGCAUUAAAAUUGAAACCAAAAUAAGACUGUAUCAGCAAACAUUGAAAUUUUUGUAAGGAAAUUUAAAGAUUAAAAAACAGUAAAGGAA